GAUAGUUCCAGCGUCGCACCGCAACAACCGAAGACUUGCAGCGAGAUCCCUUUUUGACAUCACCCCGGCGAGCAACAUCGGAAAGGCGAUUUUGGAUAUGUCGGUGCCAUCAGCAUACAAACCGUCCCCGCUGGGCUAUGGCGGGUCCGCCCGGUCUUCACCGUUUCGUCGCCCACAAUCGCCAGCAUCCUCUGCGACCCUGCGGCAAACUCCCACACCGACGAGGGAUGGGUUUUCCGAAGCUCGCGCAAAAUUUAUGGGUAGUAGCCCGGUCACAAGCCCAAAAGAGUUCAGAACAUCUCGCAUACACGCAACGGUGGAAGACGACCCCGACGAAUAUGUUCCCCAGCCGCGCAGUCUUCCCAGCAUUCCUCGGCCGGCGUCAGUGACCGCCUCGCCAGCUCCUAGCACAGUAGGCCACGGAAAUGCGCUCUCCCAGUUGCAGCCCUCGCAAGUUCGCACAAUGCGGGAGGCAUUUCAAAUUCUGGACCGCGAUAGCGACGGCUUCGUGAAUAGGGAGGAUGUCGCGGACAUGCUCAAUCAGCUAGGUCUUCCAUCGAAUGCGGGUGACGUGUCCCACUUCUUCCCUCCGUCAGCGCCUCAGACCAUGUCAAUGGCGCUGUUCCUCAACUCGAUAGCCACCUCGCUGGUCGCUCUGUCACCGGGGCCCGAAUUACUGUCUGCCUUCUCGGCAUUCGACGACGACGACAGCGGCCAGAUCGACGUUGCAGAGCUCAGAGAUGCCCUGCUGCAUACAGCACCUGACCCCGAUCAAGAGCCCCUAACGGCGCUGGACGUUGAGAAGGUCAUUGCUGGCUUCACAGGGCGGCGGGCCUUCACCAAGAGCACAGCCACGGGACUGGGCGGCAAGCGCGGCGAGGUAUUCCGGUACCAGGACUUUGUAAAUACAGUUGCGGGCGGAAACGAAGCCGCGGCGCAGGCCGCUGACGAUGCGGAGGAACCAUGAGUUCGUCCGAAGCGCCAACCAGAUGAUUGCAUGGGCGUUGUGGGAUUGGAUGGGCUAUCUGGUUAUCAACAGACAUCGAUGGGUGGCUGGGCAUUGGGUC